AUGGGAAGAAAGCUGAGACACGUGCUGGUUUUCCUUCUCAUCAUCCUGAAGGAGCCCAGCAUGCCAGAAGCUGCCUGCAGGAAUAAGUGCAAACCCCAUUCCUGCAGCUGCAGUGGAAUGCGCCUCACCAGCAUCCCUCAGGACCUGCCAAAAACUAUAUCACAGUUGUACCUGUCCCGCAACCAGAUAAAAAUGAUUCAGGCUGGUUCAUUUGCAAAUCUACCAGGGCUACAAGAGUUGUACCUGUCGAACAACCAGCUAAUAAUGAUUCAGACUGCGGCCCUCUCUAUUGUUGCCGCCGUCCUCAUCACAAUCUGGUGCAAACGGAACACCAAGAAUCCUCCCUCUGGCCCAACUUCUAACAUAGCGUUGAGUAACAUCAACACCACAGCUACUGUACCGACUAGUGGUUCCCUUCAUGAUCAGACAGGGCAGGGCCAGUCUUUGGCGUCCACUCAACCCUUGAAUAUCAAACAUCCAUCGCGGGUUAGAGGGCCACCAAACCCCAAGACACCUAAAGGCCUCCCCCCUCUCCGUGAUGAUGAUGAGCCCACUUAUGUGGAGCCAGACGGUGCCCACUAUAUGACUCCAGAAGACGUCCUGUAUGAAAUGCCGGCAAACAGUCAUUGCGAGGAUGACAACCGGCACUACUACCAACCUCUGAAAAAAGAACAAAAUUUACCCACUGAUGCUUCUGGUUACAUACUGGGUGAAGAGUCGCCUGGUCAGGUCGAAGGUCAGAGUUCACCCGUCAGGCAGUCGUUCACGGCGAGACACCAGGCGCUGUCGGCGGGGUCCAGUCUGAACGGGAGUACUCAGGACCUGGACACGCUGGAGGACACCCCAGAAGGGCGGGAGCGUCUGCUCGCCAAGAAGAACCGAGAACUGACCUGGACGCUCCGACAGCUGGAGAAACGCUGCUCUGCUCUCAAAACUGAAAAUGUCACUUUGAAGCGACAGCGGGAGGAACUGGAGCUGGCUGAAGACAAGAUCAGCAAACUUCAGCGUCGGAACACGGAGCUGACCGCUCUCGCUCGACGGUUAGAGACCAAGGCUAAAACUCUACAGCAGCACAACACUGGGAAAACCAGCCAGCCAUCGGGGGAGAACCUGGAACAUUACAAACGAGUCUUCGCUCGUCAGCGAGCCAAGGACCUAGCUGACCACGCUCAGGCCAUUCUUGCCAAGGACAAGGAGAUCGGACAUCUGCAGCAGGAGCUGGUGACGGCACAGGAUCAGGUGCAGAACGGUGACGUGUACGGCCAUCAGGAGGAACUGCAGCGCAUCAUCACGCAGGCAGCGAAGGAACGGCUGCAGCUGGAGAGGAAAAUCUGCAGCAGGCUCAACUCUCAGAAUGGAGAGUUGGAGACUGGCAGGUUUGAUGGGGAAGAUGAGAGAGUUCAGAACCUGCAGCUGCAAGUAGAGACUCUGUCACAGGCAGCAGGCAGGGUACCUGAACUGGAAACCAGUUUACAGAACGAGAAGACAACUCAGCAGGGACUGAAGGAAGAACUCAGGCAGACCAACAGGAGACUCUCAUCACUGGAAGUGGAACUGUCCGAGCAGAAGGUCUCCAGAGCACAACUUGAAGAGCAGCUCAGUAACAGUAAUCAGAGAUGCUCCUACUUGGAGUCAGAGCUUGAAAGCCAAGUUGUUGACAACACUGACCUGACCAAAAGGACAUCCGAACUUCAGCGACAGGUCUCUCAACUAGAACAGACACAGUUUGAGUCGCAGGGUGUGCGGGACCAGCUGAACCUGCUGCUGAUUCAGAACGAGGAACUCCAGACGGCGAAACGAGCUCAGGAAAACAAAGUUCAACAUCUGCAGGCGGUUAUUCAGGAAUUGGAAGAAGAGUUGAGACAAAACCCCACUGAGGACCUCGCAGCCACCAAACAUCUUCUGGAGGAGAAGGAAAAAACUGUCCAGGAACUUCUGCAGCACCAGAAGAAAACUGAAGACACGCACAGACAAACCCUAACCCAGCUCCAGGCCAGACUAGAGGAGUUGGACUCCCAGCAUGCCGAGGGGCAGUUGCUAUGCCAACGGCAAACAGAACAGUUGAAGGACUUGUCGGAGAAACUUGCCAAAAAGUCAGACGACGAGAAAUCCGUUCCUCCUCCUGCCACUUCUGUGGGAGUCCAGGUGAACAUUAUCAGGACAGGAACACAGAAGUCUUUCCAGACAGACACACAGACGGACACACAGACAGACAGACCCUCCCAGCAGGAAUCUGACCGGGGAAAACUGGUGAAACCGGUGCCGAUCGUCGGGGCCAAAAGGUCGUCAGCGUUCGAAGCGGUCUCCCCCGGAGUGAGCGGCACGCCGGAACCGGCCCCCGCGGUAGUUGCUACGGCAGCGAAGAGAUCGAUUUCGCCACCUGUCAAUCAUCAAAGUCUUGCCAAAGAACUGUCGUCUGCCGGAUUUCAACCUAUACAGGAGCCAGAUGGAUCUGGAGACUCGUGGGAUGAGGCUAGCACGUACACCCUACCUUCUCACCAAGACAACCCCAGCCCUGAACCAGCCACACAGUCUCACACUCAGGGCUUAAACGGUACAGCAGAAGCCAGUGGUGAUGCAGACAUGGAGAAACAUCAGGGUUCAGAAGGCAGCGAGACGGGACCGACACACAGCAGUGGGGCCAACCAGGACAGGAAAAAACUCGCAGUGUAUAUCGCAAGGUACUCCUACAACCCUUACGAAGGACCCAACGACAAUCCUGAGGCAGAGUUGUCGUUCCAGGCGGGAGAUUACGUCUACGUGUACGGAGACAUGGACGAGGACAUGUUUUUCCAAGGUGAGCUGAUGGACGGUUCCCGGGGCCUGGUUCCCUCCAACUUCGUGGAGCGUGUCGCAGAUGAGGACAUGCCCAAUUGGAGCCCUGCACAGCCUUCCAUAAGUGAUGAGGAUGCUACACACGUGUCGUUCCAGAGCGAGGAUGAAGUCAGCAUCAGCCUGUUGGUACCGGAUGGCUCCACUAACGAUAACCAGCCAGGCCCCACGGCCCUGCAGCUGGCUCCAACCCUCCCCGACAGCUUCACAGACACGCUGGACAGUCUACAGAGGACCGAGGCAAGUCCCGGCAAAACUCCAGUUCCGUGUCCCCAGAACCUGGUGAUUGACAAGCAGCUGACGAGCAGCGUGGUUCUGAGGUGGGAGCCGGCUGACCUCCCGACAGACGAGAUCCUUCACUAUGCAGUCUACCUGAACAGGGAGCUCAAGGCCAAGGUCACGCCGGAUGCCAAACCCAGCGCUCUCAUCGAGGGCGUCGACAUGGACAAGACUUAUCGUGUUUGUGUGAGAACCACCACAAGAGCAGGACAGUCUCUGGACCCACAGGCAACACUCAUGCUGGGGAAAGAUGCGACCUUGGCGCCCAGUAACCUUCAGGUGUCAGAGGUCACCCCCACGUCGUGUGAGCUGUCCUGGUUACCUAGCAACAGCAGCCACGCCCACAGCCUGGUGGUGAACAGCGGGGAACCUAAGCUCCUCCCACCCGGGGUCUUCAAGCACAGCAUCACUGGUUUGCAGCCAGGGACGUUGCAGAAAGUAGAGGUUCGUUCUGAGAAGAGCAGCUCGAGUCUGUGGGACUUCAUCGAGAGUAAGACCUGGAAGAGGAAGGAAAACACGGCGGCCAGCGUGCAGUUUGAGACACUUCCAGGGGGUCCCCCCGACCCUCCGGUAAACGUGACAGUGGAGCCGGGACAGGACCCGACCCAGGUGCUCAUCAGCUGGCUCCCCGUUACAAUAGAUACCGCCGGCACGUCCAAUGGCGCCGUGGUGCAGGGUUACGCCGUCUACUCCGGACACAGGAAGAUAGCGGAGGUGACUGAGCCGACAGCAGACAGUGUUGUUGUGGAGGCUGCGACGUUAGCCGGCACCACAAUCGGACCUGUCCUGGUCAGAACUGUUUCCAGCUCCGGGGACUCCAUCAACUCCCAAUCUGCUGUCAUCCCAAUCAGCCUCAAGAAAAUGCUCUACCAGAGAUCCAAACAUCCCCCGGCAUUGUCGUCUUCUCAAGUCAUCGCAGAGGAGGCACCUGAGAAGCCGGCUGGGAGAAGGGAUGCUGGGAAAAUACAGAGUAUAGAGAUGAUGUACGAAGGUCGGACGGACGACAGCUCGCCCGAGAGCGACAUUUCGGACGAGCAGGUGGAGCAGUUUGAGCCGUCAGUGGGGCGCACCGUCACCAAGUCUCCUCAGGAUGGUCUCCCGAUGCCCCCUGGUGGCAUGGAUAGGGAACUGCAGGAGAAGAAGCCAGAGAUCCGUCCAUCCUUCCGCUCUGAGGUCCACUCGGACAGCAGUAACCACUCAGAGCUGUCAGACAUCGCGGAGGAGGCUGAGGAAGAUCUGGAGGAGGAGCAAAACUCUGACAGUAUGAGCAUCGAUGUUCCCGGCCUGGACCACGCGCAACCGGUACAUCUCACCGCAAAGCUGACUCACCCUGCCGGUGAUGACCUAGGGGCCAACACAGAAUCCGACCUGGAGGAACCUCCGCUCCCGAGCACCAAGGUCAAGAAAGGUCAUCGCGCGUCUCCCACCCAACACUGGAGAGAGCAGAGGAGAGGGCACGCCAGCCCUGUACCGGACACAGAACUACCAGAGGAAGAUGACUACAGUUCGGGCGGAGAGUCGGACGUUACGCUGAGGGACAGCAUGGAGGGGGACAGCGCCGCCCCGCGCUGGUUUGUCGCGCUGUUCGACUACGACCCCAUGACCAUGUCACCCAACCCCGACGCUGCCGACGAGGAACUGCCCUUCAGGGAAGGGCAACUCAUCAAGGUGUAUGGAGACAAGGAUGGGGAUGGGUUCUUUAUGGGGGAUGUGGACGGCAGGUGCGGGGUUGUGCCAUGUAACCUGGUGGAGGAGAUCGAGGAUGAUUACCGACUCCAGCAGCUCCGAAACUCCCAUAACGCCCUCUCACCAGACAAAAUGGACUCCUUAGCUGGCGGCUAUCAUAGAGACGAAGCCCACAUCCAGAACGGCCACCUGUCCCAGCUGCAGUCCCCGGUCCGCCGCAUGAGGGCGCUGUUCGACUAUGACCCGCAGGAGAUGUCCCCCAACGUGGACACGGAGCUGGAGGCUGGUGGGAGCUUUUCGCAGAUGGAGCUUCCGUUCUUCCAGGGUGACAUCAUAGAUGUGGUGGGAGAGAUGGACGAGGACGGGUUCUUCAUGGGUGAGAUGGGGGGAAGGAGAGGGUUGGUUCCAUCCAACUUCCUGGAGGAUCUGUCGAGUGACCAGGCCGACAACUAUGCACCUCAGCCAACCGGCCACGACCGGUCCUAUCGCAGCCCCUCACAUAUACAGGCGGCGCUGUUGUUGGAAGGCGGGCCGGCCCUGCGAGCCGGUCGGAGUCGCGGGCACGUCGUGAAGAGAGUGCGGCGGGACCACCAUGAGGACGAUUCCUGCACCUACACCUUCAGAAUAACGGCGGCGGACGCCAUCUCGUCUUCCUGCGCGGCGCCGCCCGGACUGCAGAACGUGACCGGAGAGCUCCAGGCGCUAGCCGCGCGGCUCCAGUCCGAGCUGGCCGAGGGGAUGGAGCGCCUCACCGACAACGAGGAUACCAUCACUCGCUGCUGCGAGCAGGUCGCGCAAUUGGAAACGCGUGUUCUCGAGGAGCAACUGGAACGCGCCAACCUCGCGGCUAACGUUGCCAACAUGACGGGGAAGAUCGACACGGCCAUGCUGGGGGCGGAGCUGCGAGAGUCGCAGAUGAAGACCGAUAUGGCGGAGAAGAACGGCGACCUGAACGCCGGCAUCCUGGAGAACAGCCGCAAGAUCGCCGAGCUGGACGGCCGCCUGACCAACGAGGUGAGUGGGCUUCAGGACUUAGUCUCUCGGGAGCAGCAGCAACGUUUACAAAUGUUUACGCAACUAACGAACUACACAGCCGUCAUAGAUCAAACCAUUGCCUCCCAAGCGGCCGCCAUGGAGGACAAAGUCAAUGGAAUGUUGGCAGAGCGCGACCAGAUUGAGGCAGGCGAGGCGGCCGCUAACGGCGCCCAGUGUUGUCAGGACCUGGAAGGUCGGUUCGCGAACCUGACUAGCGCCGUGAUGAUGCAGCAAGUAACGACUCAGAAACUCAAGCUCAGCCUGGAAGUCGAGGUCACUACCCAAGCCAAACAACUCGCGGCAGAUUUAGAAGAGGAACGCCUGCUUCGCACACAGCUGCAGCUCCAGGUCGCCAACCAGACCACCGAAAUCGAGAGAUUGGACUCUCUGUUGAAAAGGGUUGACAGUAACGGGAACGGCGAGGCAGGUCCGGGUCCGCUGCAGGUGUUACCGCCCUCAGGUACAGGUGAGGCUGUGAAUGGCCGGCCGGAGGCGCCGCUGUCAGAACCCGUGAAGCCCAGCGCAGAGGACCUGGCGGCAGUGCCGACCACGCUGGAGGGGCAGCGGGAGUACGUGGCCGGGCUGGGCGCUCAGCUGAAGGAGGAGCGCAAGCGGCUGGCCCAGCUCCUGAUCCAGGUGGACGAACAGGGUCUCCGCGUGGCCGACAUAGACUCCAUGGAGGACAAAAUCAGGGAGCUGGAGAUGUGCUGCGAGAGCCUGAACGCUCAGCUCGCCGAGCAGCAGGACAAGCUGAGAAGUCUGGAGAUCGACGUCGGGAAAGCACCGGACAUUGUCGUGACGGAAGUCCCGCCGGACGGCACGAUAGACGCGCUGCUGGAGGUCACAACGCGGGAGAUCGAGAAGGUGAAGGAAGAAAUCGACAGAGUAACUACGCGCGCUCCCCCAGGUGAGAUCGUGGACGGGCUGACGACUGAAAAGAAGGAACUAGAGGACAUCCGUACCACGCUGGAAACCAUACGCGCCAUCACAACGGCAGCACCUGGGGAGGAGUUCGCGACACCUGGACCUGGCGAGCCCGGGGUUAUCGCACCUGGCGUCACACCUGCUCCAGGGGUACCUGUGGGACCCGGGGUUGGAGUUACAGCUGGCCCGGGGGCAGUGGCACCUGGCCGACCUGAUGCACCUGGAGUCGUCGCCGUGACGGACGAGUACGGCCGCCCGGUGACGGACGAGUACGGCAGACCCGUCACCCAGAUCGCACCUGCGGUCAUCGCACCUGGAGUUACAGCUGCUCCAGGUGUUGCACCUGGAUUCCGCCCGGUUACAGACGCUCUAGGCCGCCCUGUGACCGACUCUUCCGGAAGACCAGUGACAGAACCUGCGCCUAUCGUCGUAACAGGCCCCGACGGCAAACCUGUCACCGACGCCUCCGGCCAGCCUGUGACGCUGGCACCUGGAUUCCGCCCUGUAACUGACGCUGACGGCAAUCCUGUGACCGACGCCUCGGGUAGACCCGUGACCGAACCGAUCCCUAUCGUCGUAACUGGCGCUGAUGGCAAACCUGUAACCGACGCGUCCGGCCAACCUGUGACCCUAGCUCCUGGAGUACGACCCGUAACAGACGCUGACGGCAAUCCUGUGCUCGACGCCUUGGGUAGACCCGUCACCGAACCUGUGCCUGUAGUCGUAACAGGUCCUGACGGCCGCCCUGUCACCGACGCCUCCGGCAAACCCGUGACGCUCGCACCUGGAUCCCGCCUGGUAACAGACGCCUCCGGCCAACCUGUGACUGACGAAUCCGGAAGACCUGUGACUGAAGCGGCGCCGAUAGUGGUGACAGGCCCUGACGGCCAGCCUAUUACCGACGCCUCCGGCCAACCUGUCACGCUGCCAGCUGGAGUCCGGCCCGUAACCGGCGCUGACGGCCAACCUAUAACGGACGAGUCCGGCCAGAUCGUGACCGAACCCGCACCGCUAGUCGUAACGGACGCCUCCGGCCAAAUUGUGACCGACGCCUCCGGCCAACCCGUGACUCUGGCACCUGGUAGCCGUCUCGUAACAGAUGCCUCCGGCCGCCCUGUGACCGACGCCUCGGGUAGACCUGUGACUGAAGCGGCACCGAUAGUUGUGACAGGCCCUGACGGCCAACCUAUAACCGACGCCUCCGGCCAGCCUGUGACGCUCGCACCUGGUUUCCGCCCUGUAACAGACGCUGACGGCAAUCCUGUGACCGACGCCUCGGGUAGACCCGUGACCGAACCGAUCCCUAUCGUCGUAACAGGCCCUGACGGCCAACCUAUAACCGAUGCGUCCGGCAAACCCGUGACUCUCGCACCUGGAGUACGCCCGGUAACAGGCGCUGACGGCAAACCUCUGACUGAUGCUUUCGGCAGGCCAGUGACCGAACCGAUCCCUAUCGUCGUGACAGGCCCUGACGGCCGCCCUGUGACCGACGCCUCCGGCCAACCUGUGACGCUCGCACCUGGAUCCCGCCUGGUAACAGACGCCUCCGGCCAACCUGUCACCGACGAAUCCGGAAGACCAGUGACUGAAGCGGCACCGAUAGUGGUGACAGGCCCUGACGGCCAGCCUAUAACCGACGCCUCCGGCCAACCUGUGACGCUGCCAGCUGGAGUCCGGCCCGUAACCGGCGCUGACGGCCAACCUAUAACGGACGAGUCCGGCCAAAUCGUGACCGAACCCGCACCGCUAGUCGUAACGGACGCCUCCGGCCAAAUUGUGACCGACGCCUCCGGCCAACCCGUGACUCUGGCACCUGGUACCCGCCUCGUCACCGACGCGUCCGGCCAACCUAUAACCGACGAAUCCGGAAGACCCGUGACCGAAGCGGCCCCGACAUUUGUGACAGGCCCUGACGGCCAGCCUAUUACCGACGCCUCCGGCCAGCCCGUAACUCUGGCACCCGGUACCCGUCCGGUAACAGACGCUGACGGCAAUCCUGUGCUCGACGCCUUGGGCAGACCCGUAACCGAAGCGGCGCCGAUAGUUGUCACAGGCCCUGACGGCCAACCUAUUACCGACGCCUCCGGCCAACCCGUAACCGUGGCGCCUGGAUCCCGCCUCGUCACCGACGCUUCCGGCAAACCUGUGACCGACGAAUCCGGCAGGCUCGUGACAGAACCGGCACCUGUUGUCGCUACCGACGCCUCCGGCCAACCUAUCACCGACGCCUCCGGCAGACCCGUGACCAUGGCACCCGGUACCCGUCUGGUAACAGACGCGUCCGGCCGCCCUGUGACCGACGAAUCUGGCAGGCUCGUGACCGAAGCGGCACCGACAUUCGUGACAGGCCCUGACGGCCAGCCUAUAACCGACGCCUACCGGCCAACCCGUAACUCUGGCGCCAGGUACCCGUCCAUAACAGACGCUUCCGGCCGCCCUGUGCUCGACGCCUUGGGCAGACCCGUGACGGAAACAGCACCUGGAUUCCGACCCGUAACCGACGCCUCCGGCCGCCCGGUGACCGACGCUCUAGGCAGGCCCGUCGUGGAACGCGUGGAGCCGAUUGAAGAGUUGACAACGGGCGAGAUCGACGCCCUUGUGACCAGGCUGCCCGGCGUGCGACCCACCGCCGCUCCGGGCGAGGCCAUCGGCACCACUGACGUCCUGAGGUACAUCACCACGGCCAUGAUAGAGGCACCGCGCGAGACCACCGCCGCCAUCAAGGACAUCGUCGGCCCGGAGGAGCCGGGGGUAGAGGCCACCACCGCUAUGCUGGACAGGAUCGAGGAGGCGACCACCGCACCGGGUCCAGUCGUAGGUCCCACGGAAGCUCCGUCCGUGAUGACGACGCGCGUGAUCCUGACCACGGACGAACUCGGCCGGCCGGUGACGCAGAGAGUGGCCGUGGUGACGGACGCUGACGGCAACCCCGUCACCGACGAGUCGGGCCGACCCGUGACCCAGGUCGUGACCCCUGCCCCCGCGGUGACCCCCCGGCCCGACCUCCCCACCCCCGAGCCCGGCCUCACCCCCAGCCCGGACCUGGCCGCCCUGCUGAAGAGACUGGACGAUCUGGAGAAGAAACUGACCACACAGGCGGAGGACCUACAGAAAGAACUUCAGGAGGAGGUGGAGAAUCGGCAGAAGCUGGAGGACAAGCUGACUGAGCAGAAGGGCGAGCUGGGCCGUCUGACGGAGGAGAACAUCCAGCUCCGGGGGGUGGUCUCCAACCAGUCUGCGGAGAUCUCACGACUCCAGCUCAAACAGAACAAGAUAGACACCAAGGACGGGCCCGAAGCACUAGAGAUCACUAGACAGACGGUGGUGAUGUCGGUGGGCGGGGCGGCAGGCAGGAAUGUCCAGUCUCACAAACUUGUCUUCUCAGAAGCCCUGCGGGUUCCCGGGGGACGUGACCCGGGCAAGGUCAGCAUCAAACACGCUGUCUGA